UAAGAAUUGACGUCGUCACCCGUCCAUGUGCUUUGUUUCUUCCCGAAAAAUAUUUGACGUAUUGCUUUAAAUUUUUGCGUAAAUUUUAGUUAAUAAUAUAAAUAAAGAUAUUUAUAUAAUUUUGUUAUAACAUAUAUUAAAAAUGCCUCCGAAAGCUAAAGCCGGUGGCCCAAGUAAAAAGACUGAGCAAAAGAAAAAAGAAAAAGUUAUCGAGGAUAAAACAUUUGGUUUGAAAAAUAAAAAGGGAGCAAAACAACAAAAAUUCAUUCAACAAGUGGAAAAACAAGUAAAAAGUGGUGGAGUACAUCCUGCAAACAAUGCCGAUGCAAAGAAAGCAGAGAAGGAGAAGAAAUUAAAAGAACAAAAAGAAAUGAAUUUAUUAUUUAGGCCUGUCCAGACACAGAAAGUAGAAAAAGGUGCUGAUCCAAAAUCUGUUUUAUGUGCUUUCUUCAAAAAUGGGCAAUGUGGGAAAGGAGAUAAAUGUAAAUUUUCUCAUGAUUUAACCAUUGAGCGUAAAGCAGAAAAACGUUCUCUUUAUGUUGAUAUGCGUGAUGAAGACACAAUGGAAAACUGGGAUGAAGAAAAGUUAAAAGAAGUGGUAGAAAAAAAGCAUGGAGAGAAUGAGAAGAAGAUGCCAACCACAGAUAUUAUUUGCAAACAUUUUUUGGAAGCUGUAGAAAAAUCAAAAUAUGGAUGGUUUUGGGAAUGCCCUUCUGGUGCAAAAUGUUUUUAUAGACAUGCCUUGCCCCCAGGCUUCACACUUAAAAAAGAUAAAGUUAAAGAUGAUAAAAAGAAUGAAAUAUCGUUAGUUGAUUUAAUAGAAAGAGAAAGAGCAGCUCUUGGUCCCAACCAAACAAAAAUAACAUUAGAGUCUUUCAUUGCAUGGAAGAAGAGAAAACUACAAGAGAAAAAGGAUGCUGCCAGUAGAGAUGAGGAAAAGAAAAGAAAUGAUUUCAAAGCAGGGCGUCAAGUGGGAAUAUCUGGACGUGAAAUGUUUAGCUUUAAUCCUGAACUUGCUGCUGAAGGUGAUAUUGAAGAUGGUGAUGAAGCAUUUGAUGUUUAUCAACGAGAAGAGGAGGAAGAAAGUGUUGAAUAUAAAGAAUUGGAACUAGAUCUUAUUGGUCUUGAUGCACAAGAGGUUGAUGGUUCUGGAACUGUAGCAGCUGAAGAUCGAUUGAAAUCAGAAAAAGAAUCUUCUGAAGAUGUUGCUCUAACGAAUGGAAAUUCUAAUUCACAAGUUGAAUCUGCAGUUCCAAUUAAUGAGAAUCUAUUCUUAGAUGAAGAUCUUGAUGCUUUGGAUGAUGAAUUAGAAGACUUGGAUUUAAAUGAGUGACCCUAAAUACUUGCUGGAAUUUUGUAAAAAGAAAUUUAGUAACAUCUAAGACGAUUUUAUGUAAUUGUGUAUUUUAAAUUAUGAGCACAUGAAAUAAUAGAAUACUUGAAUUUAUUUGGAUUUGGAUAGUUAAAUUAUUGUAAAUCGUGGAAGAUUUAUGAAAGCAAAAAUA